AUGUCGAAUCGGACAGCGGUCGGCAUCGAUUUCGGAACGUGCUACUCUACGGUUGGCGUGUUCCGCAACGGAGAGGUCGAGAUAAUUCCCGACGCCGACGGGAACCUCAGAACGCCCUCCUUCGUCGCCUUCUCCGGCCAGGACGUCCUCGUCGGCCAGGCCGCCAAAAACCAAGUCGAGAAUAACGCCGAGAACACCGUCUACAAUGUUCUCCGACUACUUGGCGGACGCUUCGAAGAUCCGAAAUUCGAAGACCUGGCCGUCCGGGUACCCUAUGAAGUGAUCGAUGAAGAUGGCAGACCAGCGGUUGAAGUCAAUUUUGAAGUGGGCUUUUUUUGAAGUUAUAAAAAUGAUUGUGGAUCACUUUGUCCGAUGGAUUGCCUCACUUAGGAACGCCAGAUUGGCCCCUAGAGGGGUUUAGAAAAAAAGCCCCUAUAAGAGCCGAAAAAGUGGUCUCUAUAGGAUUAAAAUCAAGGUGGUUCCUAUAGGGGUAUCAAGUCUGAUUCAUGAGCCCCUGAAGCUCAAGUGGUCCCUAUAGUAGUCUUUUAAUCUUUUUUUUAUGACUUGAAAGAUAAAAAGCCAUUCAGGGACUACUAGAAUGCUCCCCUAGAGUGGCCACUAUUUCAAGCUUUCGAGAUUCAGGGGAAGAAAAGUGGUUUCUAGAGGGACAAGCAACUUGCGAGGUCCCUAUAGGGCGUUUUUGAAUAAUCUUCAAUAAGGAACGAGUUGAUUUUUGAGUUUAGGGGAUAUUUUCGAAGCUUGUAGAUUGAUUCGAAUUUUCAAACCUUCAAAAAGCGAUAGAACUACAUCUAAAGACCACUUUUCACGCGUUUUUUUUUCAAAACCCUCCUCAUUUUCAGGGCCACCGAACCACAUUCCUGCUCGAAGAAAUCGUGGCCCUGAUCCUGCGACACCUCAAGAAACAAGCGGAGGAUCAUCUGAAUCGGUCGGUAGAGGAAGUCGUCAUCAGCAUGUCCGGCUCUUGGAGCACGCGACAGCGACAAGCGAUGCACGAUGCCGCAAAAAUCGCCGGUCUGAAAGUGCUGCGACUUUUCCGCAACCCCGUCAGCUCCAUGUACGGCUUUCAUUUCGCCUCGUUAGAAGAUGACGACGAGGAGGACGAGCCGAUGAAGCCCUGCCAGGUUUGUCGAGCUGAAUUUUGAAAAUCGUAUCUUGAAGGUUCUGACAAAAGUUUUCAUGCUAGCGUUCCAAAAUUAAAAAUUCAUUUUUUGGUCACAGUUAUGUGCAUAUUGCACAUCGGGUUCCAUCAAAAUUUCAAAAAAAGUCUGUUUUUCACUAACCUUUUUCGAUUUGUCACGUCUUCAAUAUCUAGGUUAUCGACGUCGGCGGCGGCUUCUGCCAAACUUGUGUCGCCGUCCUCGACCAAGGCGUCUGCAUGGUCCGCGCCGUCGCCGACACGAAAUCCCUCGGAUCCGUCGACUUUGAUCAGAUUCUCAUCUCGGAACUCGUGAAGAAACUCCCCGGUGGGGAAACUGUCCACAACGUUGAACGCCUCCGGAAAGUCUGGGAGGAAGAAGAGAGGAAGUCCUGCAGAGCUAAAGUCGUCAGCUUGAAGAUCGACGACAUUACCUUGGAAGUAGACCGGAACAAGUUCGAGGACGACUGCUGGAAGCUCUUCGACGAGUUCGAAGACAUCCUGGCCGAGGCUCUGAUCAAAGCCGACCUCAGACCCGACGACAUUGCGGACAUUGUCGUCGUGGGAGGUUGGAAUAAGGUUCCCGGAGUCGGGCAGACGGUCGCCAACUUCUUCUACUCGGAGGACAUCAUCACAAGUCAGACUUCCGACGUCGCCUCGACCCAAGGCGCCGCGAUCCUUGCCGCCCAACUCAGCACUCCUCAAAUCGAUGAACGUCUCCAGAAUGUCUUCCUCAUCGACGUUUGCCCAAGAUCCCUGGGUAUCGAGAUCGGAGGCUCCAAGAUGGCGCUUCUCCUGGAGAAGAACUCGAAAAUCCCGUCAAGAACUAGCCGCAAGUUCAACCGGUCCGAAAUCGGGACCACGGUUCGGAUCCUCGAGGGAGAAGAGAGGGACUUUGCCAAAAACGAUUUGGUGGCCACCUUCGACAUCCCUGAAGACUGCUGGAAUGGAGAAGAAGUCGAGAUCGACUUUGAGGUCGGGCUGGACAAUGAUCUGACCGUUUUCCUCCCGCGACCAGAGAAUCGGGACUUCAAAGUUGAGAUCGGAUCGGGUGGACUGUCGAGGAGUCAACUUCAAGCGUGUCGGGAGCGUAUUGAAAAAUUUUAGGUUGGAUUUUACUUUUUGAAAAAAAUUGAAUUAUUGAUAAGUUUGUAAAAUUGGUCACGAAAAUGAAAAUUUUUCUAUGAUUAAACAAAUUCCGCACUAUUUUUCUCAAAAAGUUCUCAAAAAGUUGUAAAAUCAUGUUUUUUAAAGACUCAGGACUAAAACAAAAAAAUAUUAAUAGAGCUUACUUUCUUGAUUUCUUGAAAAGAAACUCAUCACUUUGUUCAAAGUUGGAUGAAUUAAAAAAACAAUUUUUUUGUAAAAAAAUUUUUCGCUUUGAAGAUGGUGUUGUUGUAAAUCUGGUUUUCAGGAUUUUUUUACUGCGAAUCAUAUUUAAAAAAAUCUAACAUAUCAUUUUUUUGCUCAUUAUUGCUCAUAUUAGAGGAUAUGUCCUUAAAAAUUCAAAACCACUAUAUAAAGUUCUGAUUUUAUUUUUCAUUCCGCGUUGCCUCUUUUUAUUUGCAUUGUAUUUUUUCAAUUUUUUGUCUUAAAAUUGAUUUUUCAUCAAUUUACUCACCGAAAAAGGUGUCUCAUAAUUCUGAAAAUCGAGAUUUUAGUGAAAAUUGUAACGAAAAUGGUUCCUUUGAACAUGAGUCAUUUUAAUUUCGAGCUAAUAUUGAUUUAUUUUUCACUCGUUAUGACCUUGAAAUUUGAUUCUUUAUCAGAACAUCUUUUUCUUUCAAAAAUAAAUAUUCAUAUAUUUCAGAAACUUUCCAAAUCGUCUUCCAUGAACGCCUUCCAAAAUGGGUCAACAACUCUUUUUUUCGGUUAGUUUUAUUUUAUUUUUUUCUCCUUAUAGAAUACUUGAAAAAAAUCAGAAAUUCAGAAAUUUUUCCUUCCCCGCUACUGGACUUCUUUAAUACCGAAACUGUGCUUUUUUUGUUUCCAAAAGAAAAAAAGUUAAUUUUCAUUCGUAGCACCAGUUAUAAAAAGACAAGAAAGGUUUAAUAAAUGGCAUGCUGGAAAGUGCGCGCUGUGCGCACUCUUUUCUCGUGCGCAGGCUUGUGCGAGGGCCGGCCCGUCAACCUCUCGGCUCCCCGGCCACUUCCCAAGCCCGGCCCGGCCCGGCCUUAG